AUGCUUCACUUUAACCUUCUUCACCCUUUAACCACCAACCUAUCUUCAAUGAAAAAAUUAAGAUAUCCAUGUUUCAACCUUGUUAGAGAAUACAACAUUUUGUUCAUAAAAUGCUUCAUGAUUUUACUCCUAAGUUGUAUUACUAUAAGACUCAAUUUCUCAAUUUCAAAUAUCCCUUUUUCUUUAAAAUCACUUCCUAUAGAAGGAAACUUUAGCUUUGAUGAACUUGACCUUAAAAAUGCAGCUAGAGAUUUCGGCAACCGGUACCAAUCUCAUCCUAUGACAGUACUUCAUCCAAAAUCAGUUUCUGAUAUUGCAGUUACUAUAAAGCAUGUAUGGAGUUUAGGUUCUAGCUCGCGCGUAGCGGUUGCGGCUAGAGGACAUGGUCAUUCACUUCAAGGGCAAGCACAAGCUCAUGGAGGAGUUGUGAUUAAUAUGGAAUCACUUAAGGUGGAAGAGAUUAAGGUUUAUGGUGGAGAAUUUCCUUAUGUGGAUGUGUCAGGAGGUGAAUUGUGGAUAGAUAUUUUGAAGGAGACAUUGAGGUAUGGUUUGGCACCAAGAUCUUGGACAGAUUAUUUGCAUUUGACAGUUGGUGGUACUUUGUCGAAUGCUGGUGUUAGUGGUCAGGCUUUUAGACAUGGUCCACAGAUUAGUAAUGUUCUGAAAAUGGAGAUUGUCACAGGAACUGGGGAGGUAGUAAACUGUUCUGAGGAGCAAAACAAUGAACUCUUUUACAGUGUACUUGGAGGAUUAGGACAGUUUGGCAUUAUAACAAAAGCAAGAAUCAAGCUGGAGCCAGCACCUAUUAUGGUUAAGUGGAUUAGAGUGCUAUAUUCAGAUUUCACAGCAUUCACAAGAGACCAAGAGCAAUUAAUACUUGCUGAAAAAGCUUUUGAUUAUAUUGAAGGAUUUGUGAUCAAAAACAGAACUGGUUUGGUAAAUAACUGGAGAUUAUCUUUCAAUCCACAAGAUCCAGUUCAAGCUAGCAAGUUCAACUCAGAUGGAAGAACCCUUUUCUGCAUUGAAGUGGCUAAAUACUUCAAUCCGGAAGACACCUUGAAAGUAAAUCAGGAAGUUGAGGAACACUUGUCCCACUUGAACUAUAUUCAAUCAACACUUUUUCAAACAGAAGUUACAUAUGUUGACUUUUUGGACAGAGUACAUAUCUCAGAAGUUAAAUUGCGUUCAAAAGGCUUAUGGGAUGUUCCUCAUCCAUGGCUCAAUCUUUUCAUACCCAAAACAAAAAUCCACAAUUUUGCAGAUACAGUUUUUGGUGAUAUUGUCAAAGAAACAAGCAAUGGUCCUAUCCUUAUCUAUCCAGUCAAGAAGUCAAAGUGGAACGAGAGGACGUCGGUUGUUAUUCCGGAUGAAGAUAUUUUCUAUUUAGUGGCAUUUUUAGCAUCUGCAAUCCCUUCAUCAAAUGGAGGAGAAGGACUUGAACACAUUCUAAGUCGGAACAAAAGAAUUUUGGAAUAUUGUGAAAGGGAAAAUCUUGGAGUAAAGCAAUAUUUGGCCCACUAUAGUACACAAGAAGAAUGGCAGACACAUUAUGGUCCUAAAUGGGAGAUUUUCAAGCAAAGAAAAUCUAUUUAUGAUCCAUUGGCAAUGCUUGCUCCUGGCCAAGGAAUAUUUCAAAAAUCAAUAACUUUUUCAUGA